UGAAGCGCGGACAGGCGCACGAUAAAAUUAUAAUAAGAAACGCUCGCACUUGAUAUAAUUCACUGCGAUCGUCCGCGCGCGCGAAGGAAAAGCAAACGUUAUUGCGACUUGCGUUUGUCUAUCUAUGUCUCGCGAUAGAUCGUUCGAAUGACGUUCGCGUCGCGAAUACGAAGGAAACGUCGUUCAACGUGGAUUGUUUUUCUGUUUUCCAGAUUUCCACGAUGAGGCCACUGCUGGAGAUGCUACUAGUCGUAGUAGCGUUAGCUACGCACACCCGUGGACUCCCUUACGGAGAGUUGCCGCAUCAAUUGCAACCACAGGAGCAAGUUGUCUAUUACGGUGACGACGGUGUUCCUCGAGUUCAAGGCAACAUCCUUCCCAACUACAAGGAGAACGUCGUGCCGGGGCAGAUAAGCCAAGCGCCAUUUAAUUGGGAUCAAUCGCAACAAAGCGCAUUCGCGGGAUACGAGACGCACGCUCCCUCCGAGUCACAGCAGCAGCAGCAACAGCAACACAAUCCUGAUUACGUGUAUCAGCCCGAUCAAACGCUACAGACCUAUCCUAACUCCCUGAACGAUCUCACCAUCACUUGUAGCGGCCAGGACGAAGUCUGCGUUAGCAAGAGCUUGUGCGUCGAUGGAUACGUGCAUCACUUGAAGCAAGGCUUCACUCGGCCAGGACAGGUGCAAGAAUGCAAACUCAGUAGCGAGACGUGUUGCACCGUGCGAUAUGACGUGAAUAACUCACCCUAUGACGAGCAGUACAACACGGUGCUGAAGGACGAUCGGUAUAAUCACCAGUACCCGGAGCCCAGUUUGGAGAACGAUCAGAAGUACGUUCAGUAUGGCGAGGACAAUCAGGCGGACGCGGUCCAGGUGAAUCCGCCGUUAGGAGGAAACGAAGCCGAAUUGCAAUCCGGGACGAACGACGGAUACGCGAUCGACUCCGUCGGCCAGCCGCAUGAUAACGUGAAAGCGCCUGAAGAGGUGCCCCUUGAUUACAAUCAAGUGUCUGGCUCGAGUCCACGGGAACAGUUCCAGGAAGGCAGUGUGAUCGACAGCGAGCCAGUUGCACCGGCAGCGAACCCAGCCGCGAAUCCCGCGAUAUUCCAGUUUCCGAUCCAGUCGGGCUGCGCGGCUGCUCUGCUCUGCGUGGAGGAGCAGUACUGCACGUUGGAAGGUGUCAUCAGCCCCGAACCGGUCGCGCUCACCAGCAAGCAGCUUCUACGACGUGUGCCGUUGAGCAGCUGCAGGAACCAGGAGACCGGGGUGAUCGGCAAGUGUUGCCGCGACCCGAACUACGUGGACCCAUGGCCGACGGGCAACCUGCCGGCCAACUAUACCGGCGGCUUCGACGAGCAGGGCUUCCCGACGUUCCUCAACAUCGAGAAGGUGCCACCACCGACGAAGAAGCCACAACAACCCACCAAGACGAUCCCCAAGCCGGUGAGGCCGCCCGUCGUGCAGCCACCUCAGUUCCAAGAGCAACAUCCGACGAACGUGGUGCCGCUGGUGCCGGAAGACUCCAACGUGCCGACGCCGCAUGUGCUGCCAGUCCCGACUCAGGUGGUGCCGGAGGUGCCGAUAGUCGCCAACACGCCCGAGCCGUUCACCAAGAAGCCGUACUACUCCGACUCGAGCGACCAGCAGCCUACUGCCGUGGUGCCGCAAGUGCCGAGCAAUCCGUGCGGCGUGAGGAAUUACGACCAACGGCCGACCGGCUUCAGGGAGACCGACGCGGCUUUCGCGGAGAUCCCGUGGCAGGCGAUGGUCCUGUGGUCGCCGGAACGUAAGAUCUUGUGUUCCGGUGCGCUCGUGGCACCUAAUGCCGUCUUGACAGCUGCCAGCUGCGUGAGCAGAUACUCACCGGACGAAAUCUCCGUGAAACUCGGCGAGUGGAAGCUGGGCUUCGAGGUUGAGCAAGAGGAGCCGCUUCCGUUCGAAAUUAUCAACGUGCAAACGAUCAGGUACCAUCCCGGUUACAUCGAAGGAUUGUUCAGUAACGACACCGCCAUGUUGAUCUUGGAGCAUCCUGCGAGUUUCAACUUACACAUCAACACGCUGUGCCUCCCCGAGGACUAUCAGGUGCAAGAGACAUCGCGGUGCAUCGUGACGGGAUGGGGCAAAUCGAUACUGCAAGCUCAUUACGCUGGUGCCAUCAUGCACAUGGUGGACGUGGACUUGUUGUCGCGCGAGGUUUGCCAGAGCCGCGUGCUGAAUGCGGAAUCUCCGAUCAGCAUCGCGAACGAUGUGAUCUGCGGCAAGGCGCGCGACGAGAACAACAUGUGCCAAGCGGACGUCGGCGGUCCGUUAGCCUGCUACGACGGCAACGGAGCGUACCACAUCGCCGGUAUCUAUAGCCAGGACACUGGAUGUUUGCCCACAAAUCAGGUCGCGACGUUCGCGCCCAUUGACCUCCUUUGGGUGAAGCAGAGCAUGCACUUCUCGUCUGGACCGGAAGCGAAAAUAGACGUCGCGCCGACCAGCUACGUCGACGACGGAUAUGAUUACCGGAAGAGCAACCUGCCAGCAGGCAACCAGUACCUGCCGCCUGUGUAGAGACGUACUUAUCACACACACACACAUACACACAGCGUGUACAGCGUAAUCUUUCUCCUUUUUCCUUCCUUUGAAAUACUCAUUCAUUCACGAACGUCACGAGAGAGGAAGAUGGAGAGCGAACGACCGUCGUGUUCCUCCUUUUCUUCCUCUUGUUCGAUUUAUCAGCGAGGCUUGUUGCACACAGCGUCAGCCUCGCGCCAAGUCGCAAGGAGAGUCGGCGAUUUGUCGGCGAUAUAAUUACCGUCAUGAGCAUAAUUAUCAUUAUGUCACGAGCACGAUGCGCGAUUACAUAGACUAUUACAUUGCCGAUAUUGAACGUGAGAUAGUGUAUCAUCGAUGAGAACGUUCUAUUUCGACAUAACGAUAAGCCACUAUGAUGACGGAUGACGAUUUUUCGGUAAAAUGCAACGAACUAUCGGGAUCAGGAAAACGGAUAUCGUUCGGUGGCGGAGCGAGCGAGCUCGGUCGACAAUAAUACGGCAAUAACAAGGAGAAAAACAGUAAGAAACAAAUACAUGAACCCCUAGAUUUUAGAUACCAAUGUAUUUAUUUACCUGAGGUAAUGCAGACAUAAUAUAAAUAUCUGUAUAUGUAUAUAUAACGGGAGGAUCACAUAACAUUGUAUGCUUCUGCGCGACUAAGAUUAAGCCGCCAGGUAAUCUGUCUUGAAAUAAUGUUACGUUUAAUAAAACAUUUGUUAGAAAAUA